AUGCCGCCCGCGCAGCUGCCCAACAUUGUCGAUCAAAAAUACCGGUUCAUUCGGGAGCUGGGACAGGGCGCAUACGGCGUUGUCUGCGCCGCGCGGUGCAUGGAGACCGGCCAAGAUGUUGCAAUCAAGAAGGUCACCAAGGUCUUUGACAAGCCCAUCCUGGCCAAGCGCGCACUGCGAGAAAUCAAACUGCUCCGGCACUUUAAUGGACAUGAAAACAUUACCUCGAUUUUCGAUAUGGAGAUCAUCAACCCAAACGACUUUAACGAAGUGUAUCUGGUCCAGGAGCUGAUGGAGGCCGACCUUCAUCAGAUCGUCCGAUCGGAACAGCCGCUGACGGAUGCACACUUCCAGUACUUUGUCUACCAAAUCUGUCGAGGCCUCAAGUAUAUCCACUCGGCAGGCGUCCUCCAUCGCGAUCUGAAGCCAGGAAAUCUGCUCGUCAACGCAGACUGCGAGCUCAAAAUCUGCGAUUUUGGCUUGGCCCGUGGCCAUUCGGACGAGCCCGAGAACAACGUUGGCUUCAUGACUGAAUACGUCGCGACUCGCUGGUAUCGUGCUCCCGAAAUCAUGCUGUCCUUCAAGAGCUAUAGCAAAGCCAUCGACAUGUGGUCGGUGGGAUGCAUAUUUGCAGAGCUGUUGGGUGGGAAGCCGCUGUUCAAAGGACGCGAUUAUGUGGAUCAGCUCAACUUGAUUCUGAAUGUCCUGGGCACUCCAGAUGACUCGACUUUGAACAGGAUAGGAAGCGAACGGGCCCAGCUCUACAUCCGAAGCCUCCGCAAAACGCCAAAGGUGCCAUUCUCACACCUAUUCCCCAAGACCAAUCCCAUCGCCCUGGACCUCCUGGACAAGCUGCUGACGUUUGACCCAGCCAUCCGCAUGACCGUCGAGCAGGCGCUCGAGCAUCCGUACAUGGAGGCCUACCACGAUGUCGAGGACGAGCCCACACACCCGAUGCUCUUUGACUUUUCUUUCGAGGCUGUCGAGGGCAUUGAUGACAUGAAGAAGAUGAUCGUGGGCGAAAUCAUGGAGUUCAAGCUGCAAAAGAUGGCCCAGAUGAAGGCGCCACUACGGCGUCCCACCGAAAUUCUCUCCGGACCCUCGCGCGACACGAUCGGCAACAUUCCUCGUGAGGAGGAGAUGGCCGACGAUACCGGCGCGAUGGACAUUGACGACGAGCUGAGAAUGAGAGAAAACGAUUCGACCACGAUGAAAACGUAACGGGCGCCUGCAGUAACUUUCGCCGCCGGCCCGACCCACCACAGCGCAGAGCCGGCCAUCCUUGGCAGCAACAACUCGAGACUCUGUACUGACGACCACCGCUACCCUGCUGCCAAUUGUACCUUCCUCCCUGGUCUUCCUCGUCCUCCGGUCUUCCCACCCUACCCCACCCCUUCUCGACUUCAUUUCUUCUGUGAUUUUGCCGUUAUUACUUUUUUUGUGUGUCUUGCCCUGUCGGCUGUUGGUGCUGUCUGCUCAAGGUGGAUGUGGGGCAUGAUCACAAGUCCUGCCGCUGCUGCUCGUGAAUGUGCAGAUGGAACUGCGACCGAUCGUCAGUGCUUCGGGGCACCCGCAACAAUAGAGCCCAUGAUGUUCUGCUUUGA